GCCAGCACGCAAUGAUGACGCAAGACCUGACACAACUGAGACACAUGAGACACUACACUUACUGUAGUGUUAUACUGUGGCUGCUUUUUGCGCAAACUGUUGCAGAUUUACCCAUGUGCAAAGAGUCAGAUUAUCACUUUGAGUACACUGAGUGUGACGUACUCGGUUCAAGAUGGAGGGUGGCGGUUCCCAACAAAGCUGACACAUGUACAGGCCUCCCAGAUCCAGUCAAAGGCACUCACUGCAGCUUCUCCUGUAAUGAGGGUGAGUUCCUUGACAUGCAGUCUCAGCAGUGCCAGAAGUGUGCUGCAGGGACCUACUCUCUGGGCACCGGUGUGGCUUUUGAAGAGUGGGACAGUCUGCCACCUGGUUUAGUCACUCAUGGGGUGAUGACAAAUGAGGGGCAUGCUCUCACAGACUGCUCCAACUCCACCUGGAAACCAAAGGGUGACCAUAUAGCGUCAAACACAGAUGAGUGCACCGCAACCCUAUCCUAUGCUGUGAGCCUGAAAAAACCUGGAGCAUUGUCUUUUGAGUAUUUCUACCCUGACAACAGCAUCUACUUUGAGUUCUUUGUUCAGAACGACAAGUGUCAGUCAACAAACUCUGAAAGCCGGUGGAUGAAGAUUUCAGUGAACGACUGGAGCCAAUACAAGGUAGAACUGAGGAAUGGCAACAAUGUGCUGUUUUGGAGAACCACAACGUAUGCUCUGCAGGGUAGUGCUGUCAAACCUGUGCUGUUAAAAAACAUUAAAAUCUCAGGGGUGGCCUAUACAUCUGAGUGUUUCCACUGCAAACCUGGCACCCACAAUGCAAAAGCAGGAUCUGCACACUGCACCCCCUGUCCUUCUGAUACCUACUCCAACAAGGGUGCCACUGUUUGCCACCAGUGUGAACAAGACAAAUAUGCUGAACCUGGUUCUGGGAGCUGCAAGCCAAGACCUGCCUGUACACACAACGAUUACUUCUACACUCACACCCCCUGUAACUCUGAGGGAAAGACUCAGCUCAUGUACAAGUGGAUUGAACCAAAGAUCUGCAGUGAGACUAUGGAAGGAGCAAUAAAGCUUCCGGCAUCAGGGGAGAAGCAAACCUGUCCACCAUGCAACCCAGGCUUCUUUGUCACCAACACCUCCACCUGUGAGCCCUGCAGCAUGGAUUCCUAUUCAAAUGGAACAGUUUGCACAAAGUGCCCUGUUGGUACAGAGCCAGUGAUGGGCUUUGAGUACAAAUGGUGGAACACAAUGCCAACAAACAUGAAGAGCUCCGUCUUCCAUCAAGAAAUCACCAACAGGAGCGCUGCUUGGGAGGUGGCUGGAGAGUAUGUCUACACCACCCCGGGAGAUCAGGAUACUGACUACCUGAUGCUCACACUCACUGUUCCAGGAUACAGGAUGCCUCAGUCCAUGGCCAAAGACGGUGAAAGGAGUGAAUUAUCGUCCAUCUCCUUCGUCUUUGAGACUGUUUGCACAGCAGACUGCAAGUUUUAUUUUCUGGCGGGGUACAAUAAGUGGAACAACAAUGUGGUGGAGCAGUGGAAAGGUAGCAGCAGGAAGCAGUCGUACUCCUACCUGAUCCAGAACAACAGCACCGUCAGCUUCACCUGGACGUUUCAACGGACUGAGAAAUUCAAUACGGAGAGAAAAUACAGUGCUGACGUUGCAAAGAUCUACUCCAUCCACAUUACCAAUGUGCUCAGAGGUGUGGCUUCUCAGUGUCACCGUUGUGCUCUGGCAUCUGUUAAAGCCGACUCCGCCUGUGUUCCCUGCCCACCAGGACACUACAUGGUCAGUGCGACAGGGGUGUGUAAGAGCUGCCCACCAAAUGCCAUCAUCAGGACCAGUCAGCCUGUUGGAGAUGCUGCUUGUGUUCAAUGUGGACCAAACACAAGGAGAAAUUAUGCCCACACAGCUUGUCUCAGUGAUUGCAAGUUAGAUGUUCAGACAAGAGAAGGGGUCCUGCUACACUAUGACCUCACCCCCUUGUCCAACAUCACUGGUUUUGACAGCAGCCCCCGCUUCACCAACAAAGGCCUCCGAUAUUUCCAUCGCUUUAAUUUGGGUCUGUGUGGGACAGAGAGCCGAGUACCAGCCUCCUGUGUGGACAAUGUAACAGAGAGCGGGAGAGUGGUUAAAGGUUACAUCUGUCAGUCCACUGUAGUUCCCUCUGACAUCAGGAGUCAGAGCAUGGUGUCCUCCCAGCCCUUCCUCAUUGGUGACUCGCUCAUUGGUGUGACUACUGAGAUGAACCUGGGUGAUAUCUCAUCUCCGCUAUGGUUGUUCCCUCCAUUUUCAGGCCUGCCAGAUGUCAUAUUCUACUACAAGUCCAGUGAUACAACUCAAGCUUGUAAACAAGGCAGGUCAGCCACCAUCAGACUUCGAUGCAACCCCACAGUCACAACUAAAGAUCACAUCACACUCCCAAGUAACUGCUCUGAGGGGACAUGUGACGGUUGCGCUUUCCAUUUCUUGUGGCAGAGCCAGCAUGCAUGUCCUCUAUGCACUAAAAACCACUACAGAGAGAUCGUCAGUGCUUGCAUCCAAGGAAUACAGAAAACCACCUAUGUGUGGCAGCAGCCUCUGCAGUGUUAUGGGGGAGAGUCACUGCCUGCACAAAAACUCAGCACUUGUGUGACUCUGGAUUUCUGGUUGAAGUUUGGUGUUUCCAUAGGAGCACUGGCUGCUGUGCUCCUCAUUAGUAUCAGCUGUUAUUUUUGGAAAAAGACACGCAAGCUGCAGUAUAAGUACUCCAAGUUAAUGAUAAGUUCUGGAGGUAAAGAGUGUGAGCUGCCCACUGCUGACAGCUGUGCAAUAAUGGAGGGAGAGGAUGCAGAGGAUGAUCUCAUGGACUUCACCAAGAAAUCCUUCUUCACAAAAAUUAAGUCUUUCUCACGAGAGAGGACAUCAGAUGGAUUUGACUCAGUUCCACUCAAGUCAUCAUCUUCACGUCACCAACCAGAGGAUGAGGAUUCUGAUGAUGCUUAAAUCAGAGGAUGAGCAGAUCCUUAAGCACUGAGGGGGUCUUCAGUUUUAAGGUGUUAAAUGUCUGUUUAGCUCAGGUAGUCUGUGGAGUUCAAAAACAGAGGCUGUAUUUCAUUUAUUAUUAAAUAGUCUUAAUAAAGGAAUUCAUAUAAAGAAUUGAAACAGUAUUCAGCAAUAUUUGUCUAAUUCUAUAAUGGUAAGCCUAAUAAAAGCAAAUUCUCCAUUAGGAUUGGGGAUUUACUGUAUUUUAUUAAGCCAAUGGCAUUUUUCAAAGAGAUUCAAUUGUGGAAAAAGUUACAUUUUUGUAUUUGCUAAACUGUGUACAUUUUCAUAACUCUUAUUCCAUACAUUUGUCUCUUUCUUCAUCUUCUUUUUCAUAUUAAACUACCCUGUCUAUUAAGUUAGCACUGCUGUUUAGACUUAUAAUGCAAUUUGACAAUAUGUGUCUUUUAUGUGCAGAAGCCUAUUUGUUUCAGCUGUGCCUUACUUUUACUAUACCUACUUAUGUUGUAGAGACAAAAAAAAAAAAAAAACCUGUACCUGGACCUGUAAUGCUGGCUUCAGGUAUCCUUCUUUUAGAACAUGUGAAAGGUGAUCUAAAUAAUAAAUGAUAAAUAAAAAUU